AUGUUUAGGAGAAUACCUUUUCUAUCCAGACGCAAACAGGAUGUCGAAGGAGAUACGAGAACGUUGAAAAAGAGUCGUAAACCAGCCAAUACUGCCUUUAGGCAACAACGUUUGAAGGCUUGGCAACCUAUACUUUCCCCUCAAAGUGUACUGCCCCUGCUGAUAUUAGUUGCAUGUAUAUUUGCCCCUAUUGGUAUUGGUCUUAUCAUCAGUGCGACAAACAUUCAGGAUCUGGUCAUUGAUUACAGUAGAUGUGGAGAAGAGGCUAGCAGAGACGCUUUUGAGGAAAUACCUUCCCAGCAUGUUCGAUAUCAUUUCAAAAAAAGUGUAUCAACCAGGCCAACCUGGAAGGUUAAUGAUGGCGGUGAUAAUGAAGACGUAUGCACAUUAAGAUUCCAGGUUCCAAACAACAUCAAGAGAUCCAUAUUUAUCUACUAUAAGCUUACAAAUUUCUUUCAAAAUCACAGAAAAUAUGUUAGCUCCUUUGACAUUGGCCAACUUGCAGGCCAGGCAAUAAGUGCGCAAGACUUGGAUAGCAGCUGCGAUCCUCUCAGAAUCUCAAGUGACAAAGCAGUUUUUCCUUGUGGUCUCAUUGCAAACUCAAUGUUCAAUGACACAUUCAGCAGUGUUUUAGCUGGGCAAGAUGGCACAGAUGAUUACAUAUUGACAAACCAAGGUAUUUCAUGGAGUUCGGAUCGUACGCGGUUCAAGAAAACAAGUUACAAUGCUAGCCAAAUAGUCCCACCACCAAAUUGGGCAAAGAGCUUCCCUGAUGGAUAUAGUAGCGACAAUAUACCAGACUUGCAUACCUGGGGAGAGUUUCAAGUAUGGAUGCGAACUGCGGCACUUCCAACGUUUUAUAAGCUGGCUUUGAAAAAUCACACGUCAGAGCUACCCAGUGGUAAUUACAGCGUGGAUAUCGGUCUGAAUUAUCCAGUCAUAUCGUUCGGCGGUACCAAAUCUUUCGUUCUCACAACUAGUGGAAUAAUUGGUGGGCGAAAUAUGUCAUUGGGUAUAGUAUAUUGUGUUGUGGCAGGAAUUUCAGCCAUAUUCGCUAUCAUUUUUCUGCUAAAGGUAAUAAUCCAGCCUAGAGCAAUGGGAGACCAUUCGUAUUUGAAUUUUCAGGGUAACUACGAGAACAAAGAUUCUUCAAACAGUCAAAGAACCACCUUGAGAGAAAUUCUAUAG